CUACUAGUAGUAGAGGUAAAGUAGCGAGUGCAAUUCACCUCUCUCUUUUUCUCUGUAUACUAAAACGUCUCUGUUUUCUGAGUUUUUUCUGGUUUUAAUGGCGUGAAGUGAGAUGUACACAUUUACACAGUAGCAUUACCUUUUUGUUCUUUGUUUCUUUCUAUAUAACAGUAUUAUCUCAUUUCUUCAUUUGCAUGUUUCAACCAACAAUUCCAUAAUUUAUCCAAAAAAGAAGAAAACCCACUCCGAAUUCCAGUCUCUCAGAAGAUCAAAAGUGAAAAAUGAAGGACAAUGAAUAUAUUGAUAGUUUGUUUGGUGAUUUUGUUUCUCAUGCACCGGCACCUGGAAAUCCUCUCAUACAUCAACAACAGAAACGUCAUCAUCAUCAUCAUCAGCAGCAAUUGUUUUGUAAUGUGUAUAAUCUGAAACAGAGUACUUAUAAUAAUAAGGGAGGUAUGUUAUAUGAGAACUGUAAUUCUCCAGUUAGUGGACUCUCUUUACAUUCUGGUGGUGAUGGUUCUUCAUCAAGUUCUCUUUCUGGAGAUUUACAUAAGACUAAUAGUAAUACCCACUACUUGAAUACUAAUGAGUCUGGUGAACAGACUGAACCUGCUUCUUCUUAUGAUACCUUAGAUCUAUCAAAAAUGGAUAUUAAAGAUGAAAAGGAAAAUUUCAUUACUAGUAAUGGUCAUGUUAAGAACAAUGAUCUAUAUGGAGAUGAUUAUAUGACAUUUUUUGAUCAUGACCCUUAUUAUGGCUUCUUUUAUUCAAAUGAUUUGUUUUCUAUGGAACAUCAGAGAAGAUUAGCACCGGUAAUGGGUACCUUCCGACAAUCUAAUAAGUUCCCAGGGGGGGGGACACGAGAGAUUGCUGCUACUAGUCCUUCAAAAUUUUCGUAUGGUCCUUAUUCAGGUGCUGAUAUGUACUCGUGCAGUACAUGGAAGCAAAAAUUGGAGGAUCGAAAUGAGGAGAACUCGAGGUAUGAAAAGACUUUGCCAUGUGAUGAAAGAUUAAGGAAUAUGUGGUUUCAACGACAAGGUUUUUUGGACUGUAAUGAGUACAGUGGAGAUAUUCAGAUUCCGAUUAAUUUUUAUGAUGCCACUAGGCCUAUUAUAAGUAAUGAUUUGCGUUACCAAUCGGGGAAUUCUUAUGCCAUAAAUUCCAACGUGUAUGGUAAUGGUAAUGUGGUGGAUGCACCAAGUUCACCUGAUUCCAUGAAACCAAGAAGGUCAGGAACUACUUUUUCGAGUCGUUGGAACCCUCGAUAUGCUGGAGGUUUUCAUGGUGACGCUGGCCUGGGUUUUCAGGAGAGUAACUUGAAUAGUGUAAAAAACAAAAGAGGUACAAGGGAAGGUAAGAAAUUGUAUAUUAAUGGGAAGUGUUCAACGGUGUUGGUGGGUGCUUUGCCUAACUCUAGAAGAAAUAAUCCUUUUGUUGUUGAUUGUAAAAGUAGUCACAGUUCUAAGAUGUAUAAUACCUUGAAGGAUGCUCAAGGGAGAAUUUGUUAUCUAGCAAAGGAUCAAAAUGGUUGCAGGUUCUUGCAGCGGAAAUUUGAUGAAGGAGAUAAACAAGAGAUACAGAUGAUAUUUGAUGAGAUAAUUCAUAAUGUGAAUGAACUAAUGGUGAAUCCGUUUGGGAAUUAUCUUAUACAGAGGUUGUUGGAUGUCUGUACUGAACAACAGAGAAUGCAUAUUCUUGUCAAGGUCACAAGACAGCGGAAUCAGCUGUUUCGAAUUUCACUGAAUGCUCACGGCACAAGGGCAGUACAAAAGCUGAUCGAGACUCUCAAAACUCGGGAGCAGAUUACCCAUGUUAUAUCAGCACUGGAGCCUAAGUUUCUGGAUUUGAUAAAGGAUACCAACGGCAAUCAUGUAAUUCAGAAGUGUCUUCAAUGUCUUAGCACUGAUGACAACAAGUUUAUAUUCGAUGCUGCUGCAAGAUUUUGCACUGAAAUUGCAGUUGAUCGACAUGGAUGCUGUGUCUUGCAAAAGUGUAUCACUUACGCUACAGGCGGAUGCCGAGAAAAAUUGGUAGCUGAAAUUUGCGUGAAUGGCCUAUUCCUUGCGCAGGAUGCUUUUGGAAAUUACGCGAUCCAAUUCAUUUUGGAACUUAAGCUGCCAUUUGCAAGUGCUAUAUUGCAUUCUCAAUUUGAGAGGAACUAUGCACACCUUUCGCUGCAGAAAUUUAGCAGCAAUGUUGUUCAAAAAUGUCUCCAAAAUUUCACUGAAGAGUACCGCACAAAGAUUAUCCUUGAGUUACUGUCAUCUCCUUCCCAAUUUGAACAACUGCUGCAAGACCCUUAUGCUAAUUACGUCAUUCAAACUGCUCUAGAUGUUGCUAAGGGCACCCUCCGUGAUAAGCUGUUUGGAACGAUCCGACCUCAUGUAGCAACCUUGAAAAUGAUCCCCUACUGCAAGAGAAUCUACUCUAAGGUGCUCUCAAAGAAGUGAGGAAGCUGUAAAUUCGUCACACGGUAUGAACUAAUGCUGUUGUUCUUUAUGUUCAGUGCGUAUUAGGAUAACUCAGUCUCACCAGGUUUAGAGUUCGUGUCUUUUAUAGAGUUUUUUCAUCAAAUAACAGUUUAAAAGAACUUUAACUACUUUUGAGGGUGUUUGCCGCUACCCUAGUUCAGGAGCUCUCUAUGUAGAGCCUGUAAAGAAAUAAGCAAUUUUUGUUUUGUUGCUUUUGAAUGUGGAUGUAUUAGUCUGGAGGAUCUUAAGUUCUGUUGAACUAAGCCACUGUCUCAGAUGUAUGUGAAAUGUGGAUAUUUUGACUCUGUAUUGAUAUGGAGUAUCUUAGCUCUGUUAAACUAA